UUCCUUUUGAUAGAAUGCAACUUUCUAGUGGAUCAAUUGCCGGUGCGCAACGCCAAACGCGACUGUCACUCGAGGUUUCUGUAACUCCGGCUGCACAGAAUUGCUGAUUUACGUUUCUGUCAUGUUUGUUGGCCUGUUCAUCGGAAAUAUCUUCUUCAUGACAACCGUAAUGGUGGUGUUAAGGAGUGUGUGCAUCGAACAGAGAUCGUUGGCACUUAGCUUCGCGACCUUUCUUACAAACAUAAUUGGUUUCAUACCAAGCCCAGUUAUCUUCGGUAGCAUAAUCGACACGGCUUGUGUAGCGUGGUAUUCGCUAUGUCAAGAGAACGGAAAUUGUUUGCUGUACGACAACGCCGCAUUCCGCAUCAAGUAUCACGUUGGAAACGCCGCCUUCCAGCUUUUGGCCAUCAUCGCAGUAAUCUUCACUUACUGUGAGUCGAAGAACUUGAAUUUUCCGGACAGUGAAACGGAAAACGAAAUAGAGGAGAACGAGGAAAUGAUCGAAAACCAUAUCGACUGA